AUGGAGUUCGAUCCCAAGACCCCGCAAUAUCUCACCUCCGAUAAAUCGAGUUUCGCCUCGGUUUCGGCCCACGACCGUUGGCCUGUCAUUGUGACUGGUGCCAUUGAUGAUCUUCAUCGCACCGUUGGUGAUGUCACCGACGAUGAGAAGCGCAAGGAAGGAAAGGCAAUCAUUGAGAAGUUGGCCGCCUUGAAAUAUGAGAUUCAGCAUAAUAGACAGUUGACCCCUCUAGUCGACGACGGCGAAUCCGAUAUUGCCGACUAUAACAAGGAGUUGGAACAGCGGGGGAACCCCUCGUGGCAUAAUGUUCCGUGGCUGUACUCCGAAUGCUACCUCUACCGACGGAUCAGCACCUUCUUCGCAUUGUCGAAGCACUGGAAAGGCUACGAUGUCUUUUCUCGCCAGAAGAUGUCGACCUUUAAAUCUUCGCGACCCGCGGUUCUAGAACUCGCGGCCCGGUACAAGGAGCUGGCUCUGGAGGCGGAGAAGGGUGAGGGCGUGGAUGGCAAGACGCCCGAGCAGAUCGAGCAAGCGGAACGGGUGCUCUUCUCGGAGAUGUGCGAGAUCUGCUUGUGGGGAAACGCGACGGAUUUGUCGCUGCUGACCUCGCUCACCUACGAAGAUAUUCAGAAGCUGCAGGGUUCCCAGGCACGGAAAGCGGCCGAGAAGAAUAUCCUCGUCAACGACCUCAGCAAGGCCUUUGACGUGUUGCACAAGGCGCGCAAUGAGCGCAAAUCGGAGGAGCGUCGUGUCGACAUUGUCCUGGACAACUCUGGGUUCGAGCUCUUUGUCGACCUCAUCCUGGCCGGAUACCUUCUCUCCGCUGGUCUGGCGACGACGGUGGUGCUGCACCCCAAGCUGAUCCCCUGGUUCGUGUCGGACGUGACGCCGCCCGACUUCAUGGAUCUCAUCAACGCCCUGUCCGAUCCACAAGGGUUCUACACGGCGGCCGACGAGUCCGGUAAAACGUACGACCCCUUGUCCGAGAAGGAACUGUCCGAGGUGAACUUCCUUUUCGAGCACUGGAGCCAGCUUCACCAGGAGGGUAAGCUGAUUAUCCGCCCGCACAUCUUCUGGACGACGCCAGGCGGCUACUGGCGUCUGCCUCAUGUGGCCUCAGACUUGCACGAGGAUCUCAAGGAGAGCGAGCUUGUCCUGUUCAAGGGCGACCUCAACUACCGCAAGUUGACCAACGAUGCCGCAUGGGACCCCACCACCCCCUUCACGACCGCCAUCGGCCCUCUAGGCCCCAAGUCCGGCGUCCGCGUCCUCGCCUUCCGUACCUGCAAAGCCGACACCGUAGUCGGUCUGCCCGAAGGAGAAGACGAGCGUCUCCGUCAACUCCCCGGCGGCGGCGGCUCCGAGGCCCGGAAGUGGGCUUGGAGUGGCAAGUGGGCCGUGGUGUCGUUCAGCGAUGGCAAGGCCUAA